AUGCCGCCUAAGAAGAACGCCCCUGUUGCUGAGAAGCCGCGUCUUGGACGCCCUUCGAACAACCUGCAGAUGGGCAUUGUCGGUCUGCCUAAUGUCGGCAAGUCGACGCUGUUCAACACGAUCGCCAAGUGCGAUCUCGGCAAGGCUGCCAACUUCCCAUACGCGACCAUCGAACCCGAGGAGGCCCGUGUGAAGGUGCCGGACGACCGCUUCCUCUGGCUCUGCGACCUCUACAAGCCCAAGUCCGAGGUGCCUGCUUUCCUGACCUGUGUCGAUAUUGCCGGUCUUACCGCCGGUGCGAGUACGGGUGCGGGUCUCGGUAACGCUUUCCUGUCGCACGUCCGCGCCGUCGACGGUAUCUUCCAGGUGGUGCGUGCGUUUGACGACUCGGACAUUGUCCACGUCGAGGGCGACGUCGACCCGACCCGUGACAUGGACAUCAUCUCGACUGAGCUGCGUCUGAAGGACAUUGAGUGGGUCGAGAAGACUCUCGACAACGCGCGCAAGGUCGCGCGCUCGGCGGGAAACAACUCGCUCGAGGACCGCAAGAAGAAGGAGGAAGUGGCGGUCAUCGAAAAGGUGCUCAAGUGCCUCCAGGAGGACAACAAGGACGUCCGCAAGGGCGACUGGAAUGCGAAGGAGGUGGACAUCAUCAACGAGAUGAAGCUGCUGACCGCCAAGCCGGUCAUCUACCUCGUCAACCUCAGCGAGCGCGACUACGUCCGCAAGAAGAACAAGUGGCUCCCGAAGAUCAAGGAGUGGAUCGACAACAACAACCCCGGUGACCUGCUGAUCCCCUUCUCGGCUUCGCUCGAGGAGCAGCUCUUCUCGCUCGAGGACGAGUCCGCGCAGAAGGAGUACCUCGCCAAGCUCGGCGAGGGCGUUACCAGCGCGCUCGGCAAGAUCACCAAGAGUGGUUACGACGGUCUCGACCUCAUCCGCUACUUCACCGCAGGCCCCGACGAGGUUCGCGCCUGGUCGAUCCGCCGCGGUAUCAAGGCUCCGGCCGCCGCUGGUGUCAUCCACACCGACUUCGAGAACAAGUUCGUCUGUGGUGAUAUCAUGGCCUUUGAGGACCUCAAGGAGGCCGGCAGCGAAAACGCGUGCCGUGCAAACGGCAAGCUCGCGCAGAAGGGCAAGACGUACGAGAUGGUCGACGGUGACAUUGCCCACUGGAAGUGUGGUGCGUAA